AUGAGUCCGGAUCAACAUACACAUUGCACCAAAUAUGGACUGAUCGCAAUCUUGCAUGACACGAGACUAACUCGCAGGAUUGCAGUCAAUUCAUUAACACUCCUAGAUAUACACAAGGAUUUCCAAGUCGCGUAUUCGCAAUCGGGCAGUUCAAAGAACUAUGACGCAUGCGAGUAUCCAGCAGUGGAGCGUGAGGCUUUGGGCAUUGAGGGGCCAGUGCACUUGAGCUGUGGGAUUGGGGAAGCGGAGGAUUUGGUGGAUGAUUUGAGGGCUGCGUUGGAUGGGCUGGAAGAUGAGGAUAGUGGGUGUGAGAGUGGGUUGGUGACGCCGUUGGAUAUAUUAUCGUAA